AAUGCAAAGAAUGAUGUUUUUUCGUUUGUGCUAGGCUAUGUUGUUUGUUUUGUUAUGAUGAACAUAAACCUAAACCUAGUCAUGGAAAUUGGAAAGUAACUAAGUUUUUGAAUUUGAAGUUUUCUUUGAAUAUUGACUUUGUUAGGAGUAAUAAACAGGCAAGAAUAAGUUCCCGUUUACGCCAGUGACUUUAUUGAAUGAACUGUUCGUUCACUUUUCUUAACAGUAAUUUGAAAGUGGCCUAGGCCUAUUCUUCAUUUCAUUUUAGACAAAAUGUGCGAUAAAAGUGAUGCUCUUGGCGACGAAAAUGUCGAAUCAGUCGGAUUAAUAUGCGCCAAAGAAAGAUUCUCAGAAAAUGAAGAGGUUAUUGAAAUGUUAAACAACAUUUCUAACAUUUGUGGACCUGAAUCGACAAUGCGAGAUGCAGAAAGAGCCUAUGAGAAGUUUCAACUAAUAUUCAGCCAAUAUAAUGAACAACCACACUUGUUGGAUCCCUAUUUGGAUGAUAUUCUUUCAAAAAUUGUAUCCAUUGUGCGACAAGAAUCUGCAGUUGAACUAAAACAUACAGCCUUCAAAUAUUUAUUCUUAUUAAUUAACACCAGAGGAUACAAAGUAAUAGUUCGAUGCCUACCACACGAAGUUGCAGAUCUGGAGCCUACAUUACAGCUGCUUGAGGCGCAAGAUUCCAAUGAUACUGCUACUUGGGAAACAAGGUAUUGUCUACUUUUAUGGCUAUCAAUCAUUGUUAUGAUUCCAUUCCACAUGUCUCGCCUCGACAGUGGAGCUCAAAGUAAAACUGUGAUGGGUAGAUUGUGUGAUGUUUGUCAAAAGUAUCUAUUGUGUGGGGAUAAAUGCCGUGAGGGCGCCGCUUUUCUCUCAGCUCGCUUUUUAACUCGUUCAGAUGUCAAAGAAAUUUAUCUGGCUGAUUUCCUAAAAUGGAUAAAUGAAAAAGUAUCAGACGAAAUAACUGAGGGUUCGUCUUGGAAAAGAUUUGGGCCAUUGGCAUGUUUGGCAUCAAUUUUGAAGCACGGGAAGCGUGAAGACCUACUUCCAUAUGCCCCACAGUUGUUGCAUUGUGUCAUGGAUGCUAAAUGUCUUGAUGAUUACUAUCCCCUAUCAAGCAAGUUUUCAAUGAAAAUAGUUGCUAGGAUUGGUCUUACAUUUCUCAAACCAAGAGUAGCAUCAUGGCGUUACAAUCGAGGAAGCCGCUCUUUGACCAGCAACCUCUCUAAUGCAGAUGUCCAAGCAACUGAUCAAGCCAACACAAACCCUACCGAAGACUUAGGAGGUGGUGAUGAACAAGAGGAAGAUGAUGAUAUUGAUAUCCCUUCUGAAAUAGAGGACAUAAUUGAAUAUUUAAUCCAAGGCCUGAAGAACGAAAACAAUACCACACGGUGGUCAGCAGCUAAAGGUAUUGGCCGGGUGAUGUCUCGUUUAAAUAAACAGUGUGGAGAUGAUGUUGUUUGUUCCAUUCUAGAGCUCUUAAAUCCAAGAAACUCAGAUGGAGCUUGGCAAGGUGGUUGCCUGGCAUUGGCUGAGCUCGCCAGAAGAGGGCUGCUUUUACCCAAAAGGUUAGAAGAUGUCGUACCCUUAGUGGUCAAAGCUUUAACUUUUGAGGAGCCACGUGGUUACAAUUCUGUCGGCGCUAAUGUCCGUGAUGCAGCAUGCUAUGUAUGUUGGGCAUUUGCUAGGGCAUAUCAUCCUAAUAUCAUUCUACCUUUUUCUACACAAAUCGCUGAGGGGUUACUCAUUGCUACUUGUUUUGAUCGGGAGAUAAACUGUAGGAGAGCUGCAGCAGCAGCUUUUCAAGAAAAUGUUGGUAGACUUGGGAAUUUUCCUCACGGUAUUGAAAUUUUGACCACAGCCGAUUAUUUUUCUGUUGGUAUCAGGAGUAAUGCGUACCUGAAAAUCAGUGUAUAUAUAGCUCAGUUUGAGGAGUACACAAAAGGAUUCAUUAAUCAUUUGUUUGACCGUAAAGUGGACAAUUGGGACCCUAAUAUUCGUAGCCUAGCUGCCAAGGCUUUAUUUAACCUGACACCUUGUGCUCCUCAGUACAUUUUGACUCACGGAUUCCAGGCUUUACUUUCACUAAUCAGAUCCAUUGAUCUCAACGCUCGACAUGGUGCCAUUCUUGCUCUCGGCGAAAUAGUUCAUGGUCUGUCCCUGCUAAAUAUUUCUUUAGAUUCAUCUCAGUUACAUGAAGUUGAAAAUCUUGUUUCUCACCUUAAAGAAAGACAGGUAAUGAGAGGUCAAAGUGGUGAAUUUACGAAGAUUGCCUGCUGCUCAUUUAUUGAAAAUUGCUCUCGGGCAAAGUUACCAUUCAAUGGAAAGCCAGUGGUAGCUGAAUGGCAAGAACUCUUAGAUGACUGCCUUUGCCAUGAAAGUACAGAGAUGAGGCAAACCGCAGCUGCAGCUCUAACCCAUCUUUGCACACAGUACUAUUCAUUAGAUUCUGUUGACAUCCGCAGUGACAUAAUCAACAAAUAUACCUCAACAUUACAAACUGGCAAUAAAAUUUCAAGGAUGGGAUAUACCUUAGCACUUGGCUCAUUACCUCCUUUUAUGCUUCAUGGCUUCCUCCCCACAGUGGUUCAGAGUCUUGUUAAAUGCUCCAAGAUAACACAAGAAUCAGUCAAGUGGGCAGAGUCUCGUGCUGCAGCUUUGAAAGCUUUGUCAUCGAUUUGUCUCAACAUUCACUUGCACAAGAUAGAUGAAGGUUUGAGCUGUUACAGUUUGGUUGUGGAAAUAAUAGAAGCUCUUCUGAAUGGAAUGAAAGACUACACAAGUGACAGUAGAGGUGAUGUUGGAGCUUGGGUGAGAGAAGCAGCGAUGUUAGGUCUAAAAGAUGUGAUCACAUUAGCAACAGAUGAAGCGAGUGAAGUACUUGAUCCAGAUUUAAUCUGCCAAUCUUUUGUGGAGAUAUCCCAGCAAGCUGUUGAAAAGAUCGAUCGCACCAGAGGUUAUGCCGGUAGAGUUUUCUCCAGUUUGCUGCAUAAGGAUGGUAAGCCAGUUCCUCAUAUUCCUGACGAAGCGAAACUCAAAGAAAUAUUUCCAGCAGAUCGUUGUGAUUCUAUCAAUUGGAUUGCAGCAUGUGAUACGUUUCCUCUUUUUAUUCAACUGUUAUCGUUACCCCGGUUUACAAAGGCUGUUAUGCUGGGUCUCGUCGGAAGUGUGGGAGGACUAACUGAAAGCUUGGUUAAAUAUUCUAGUCAAGCGCUUUUUGAUCAUUUACGACAACAAGAGCACACCGAAUUAGUGCGGCUGUGUGACACAGUUGCAACUAUUUUUGAACAAUACCAACAUGAAGACAGGAUCACAAUACCUUUAUUAACGUUCCUGGAGCGACUUCUUACUUCAAACUCUAUAGCUCCUGUCCUUAUCGAUCCGCAAAACGCAUUUGCCAAAAGACUUUUGCGGUGUGGCAAAACUGAAAUUGCUAAGACUGUGAAUAGCAAGAAACUCACUGCCAGUGUUGAUUUCUUCUGUCAGCUGAUCCAAGUGCCUGGAGAAGUUUCCCGCCGUUCCUUAGUUCAACUCGGCAUCCUGCUCUGUCAUAGAUUUCUUUGGCUUCGAAGGGUAACAGCGACCAAGAUGUAUGAAGCUUUGAUUGUAUACAGCGAGGAGUGCGGAGUCGACCCAUCUACUCUAGAUGACGCCAUGGCAAUUCUGAGUGACACUGAAUGGGAUACAUUGAGCACUGAGGCUGCUAGAGCUCAGCGGAACAAACUCUGCCAACUUCUCAACAUACCAAUGCCUACAGCAGGGACUCCGUCUAACAAGUGACUGUGAUCAAAGCCUAUUUUGUAUUACUGCAUCGAAGGUUAGCUUUAUUUUUUUAUAACAUUCCUUAGGUCUUUUUUACUAAUGUUUUUACUAAUUUUGUACUUUGAUUCUUUUAAUCACUUAAGUAGGCUAGAAUCAAUGAACUUAGAAAAGAACAUUACAAUGCCUGUUAGUGAAACUUCUUGCAAGAUUAAUUGUUUAUUUAAUUUUAUUUGUUCUUUUUUCAAUAUAUAGGGCCUACUCAUGCUGGCUAGUGACAGUUGUUUAAUGUAAAUUUUCAGUUUAUUACUACUUAGGAGCAGUAUUUAACGUUCACUCAUAAAUUAAUUGUUGAGCACAAAGAGUAAUCAUUUUGUUAUAUUUUGGCUUAUA